AAUAUAUUUUCUUGCAGGUUAUUUACAUAUACCGAAAUCCAAAAGACACUUUAGUGUCCUAUUUUCAUUUUAUCAACUCAUUCAGGGCAGUGGAAAAUUCAUAUAAUUUGGAGGAAUACAUGGAAAGAUUUUUAUCUGGAAACGUUCCUAGCAGUUUGGUCUUCGAUCAUGUGAAAGGCUGGUAUACACAUCAGAAUGAAUUCAAUAUUCUCUUCCUGUGCUAUGAGGAAAUGAUCCAGGAUCUCAGAGGCACAGUACUUAAAAUAUGUAAAUUUAUUGGAAAAGAGCUGAGCAGCCAGGAAGUGGAUAAAGUUGUGGAGAUGUCUACAUUCAAGAACAUGAAAGCUGAUCCUAGGGCAAAUCAUGUGAAAACAUAUGAACAGUGUUUUGGACAAACAAACGUAAACCAUAUACGCAAAGGAACUGUUGGAGACUGGAAGAAUAUUAUGACAGUAUCGCAAAGUGAAAGGUUUGACAAUAUUUUUCAAGCACAAAUGAAGGAUAUACCUCUCAAAUUCAUUUGGGAUAUAAAAGAAAUACAAUCUACUCAGCAUGGGAAGCGGCAGGAACCUCUCCAGGAGGACAAAGAGCAGAAAUGUUCAACACAACCGUAAUACGUAUAUGCACAGUAGUUUAAGCUAUCACAAUACACCUAUGUAUUUUCUGUAUGUACUUAUGUGUAUUGUGUGCAUAACUGCUUUCUUCUCAAAGUUGUUUCCUGCUUUCCUGCAACCUUAAAAAAACAUGGCUUUCGGGAACCCCAUCUUUUUCUUUUUCAAAAUAUUGAAAACAUCCUAUAAUUUAUCACCACAAAUGGGUCAAGAUAUACCAGAAUGAUUUCAUAAAUAUUUUUCAAUAGAAACAAAUGCUUUGGAGGCUGGGAGAAAUGUCUUUUGUAAUGAGAAGAGAAUAAAGAUAUGCUAAUCAAUUUUU